CCUGGGGACUCAGCCCAUCCUCUGCGGCAGCAUCCCGGGGCUGGUCCCCAAGCAGCUGCGCUUCUGUCGGAACUAUGUGGAGAUCAUGCCCAGCGUGGCGGAAGGGGUCAAGGUCGGGAUCCAGGAGUGCCAACACCAGUUCCGUGGGAGGAGAUGGAAUUGCACCACCGUCAAUGACAGCCUGGCCAUAUUUGGGCCUGUGCUAGAUAAAGCUACCCGGGAGUCGGCCUUCGUCCACGCCAUCGCCUCUGCGGGCGUUGCUUUUGCGGUGACCAGAUCCUGUGCCGAGGGCUCGGCCACCAUCUGCGGCUGCGAUACCCGCCACAAGGGGCCCCCCGGGGAAGGCUGGAAAUGGGGAGGCUGCAGUGAGGACGUGGAGUUUGGGACCAUGGUGUCUCGAGAGUUCGCGGACGCCCGGGAGAACAGGCCAGAUGCUCGGUCAGCCAUGAACAGGCACAACAACGAAGCUGGGAGGACAUCCAUUAUUGAUCACAUGCAUCUGAAGUGCAAAUGUCAUGGUCUGUCAGGCAGCUGUGAGGUGAAGACGUGCUGGUGGUCCCAGCCAGACUUCAGGGUCAUCGGUGACUAUCUCAAGGACAAGUACGACAGCGCUUCUGAAAUGGUGGUGGAGAAGCAUCGGGAGUCCCGUGGCUGGGUCGAGACGCUCAGGCCCAAGUACAACUUCUUCAAGGCCCCGACUGAGAGAGACCUGGUUUACUACGAGAACUCACCAAACUUUUGUGAGCCGAACCCCGAGACGGGCUCCUUUGGGACCCGCGACCGGAUCUGCAAUGUCACCUCCCACGGGAUAGACGGAUGCGACCUUCUGUGCUGCGGCCGCGGGCACAACACAAGGACUGAGAAACGGAAAGAGAAGUGCCACUGUAUCUUCCACUGGUGUUGCUACGUCAGCUGCCAGGAAUGCAUACGAGUCUACGAUGUUCACACGUGCAAGUAAAGCAGGGAUUCCCUGGACAGGCUCCGUGUGGAGAAACGGAUUUGAGCCUGCUUCUUCUGAGGUUGUGUAGAUGGGAAAGAUCUACUUUUUUUUAUAGUAAAAGAAAAAAUAAAAAAGGCUAAAACUGGCUGGAUAGAAUAGAUCUAAUGACUUCUUGGUCGUCCCAAGAUGCAUCUGGAGGCUAACAUUACAAAUAUGGAACGCCAUGCAAAAUGAUUAUGCACCGGUUAGGAGACUGUGAUUCCUUUAACUACCCAACAGCACAGAACUGCAGAGACGAUUGUUAGCGGGAGCAUGAUUCUUUCCUCUUCUCUCUACUAACCUGAAGAGACUCAUGCUAUUAAGUGUCCUUUGAAAGACUUGCAACUUCCUAAACACCUCCUGUUCCCAACCCAAUCGGAAGAGGUGAUGUCAGACAACAGCUCUCAAUGUAUUGAGAUCCUUUCCAAGCCCCAGCAACCAGAGUCUGUGUGCAACGUGAAUGGCAAAAAAUUAAAAUAAAGUAAAAUAUUCAAUUCACUAAAAAAACAAACAAACAAAUCCUUCUUCCAUGUCUUCCGGGAACAGGGGAAUUCUGCAAACAUUCCUUAGUGCUGUAGAAUGGAUGAGCUCUUAGCAUGAACUUUUUAACAUAGUGGUUUCUGCCAGAUUUGACAUAGGAUGCAGGAACCCAUUUAGUCACUUCUGCAGAGGAAGAGACUGCUGACGAAUUACUACCAAGGUCCCACUGACACCAGUGCAAAAGGUUUGGUAGAUGCUGUGAUCUCUAGACACAUGGUGCAUGCCGUAUGUAAAAACUCAGUGCCCAGAAGGGGACCCAGCAAACGCAUGGCCACACCAGCAGACACACCAGCAGACAUUGACCCAACUGUGACCUCUGGAGGCAGGGGUGUGACUCAGCCGAUUAGAAGGAGGAUGCCCGUUGAGACAUGCAGUGGGGUAGGGCACAAACCACCUGUGAUUAAGGUGAUGAGGACAUCGUUUCUUUGCACCAGAAGCCAGCAAGGAAAGGAGAGCAGGAAAGGUGUUUCCCCACCUCUGGUUAAGAAACAAAGUAACAUUGGAAAGUGCACUUAGUUCAUUUCAUCCUCUCCGUACAGCUCAUGCAGGCUAAUUCGGGGGGCUCAGCAGAACCCUCAGAACCGAACUCCGUUGGGAACAGCGGUUCUGAAGGACUGCACGGUAUGUGUUGCUAGACAAACCCUGAACUGGAACAGCCUUGGACUCUGGCCAAGUUUGGAACCAGAUCCAACCUCUGCAACUAGUGUCUCUAUAACAGGCCAAAUCAAAACCCUGGUGUCUGAACCACCCUCGACUUGGGGAAAGUUUGGAUCCAGAUCCAAAUCCCAUCUCUGCAGCACGGCCCUAUCUCUGCUGUUAAACCGUUUCGCCUCUUUGACUCCAUCCCUUUGCCUGUGUUGCAAGCUGUCGUACCUCUGAGACCUAGAUUGGGCUUGCCAAUUUACAGUAACAAAUGUAACUUGCUGCAUGAUAAUCUGGGCUCCACCUGCGGUUGUGGGUUCUCAGGCCUGACUCUCCACUCCCUCACACUGGCUUUUACAGCAGUAUAACCCUAUUGGCUUGGGUUGCA